GAUAUUUUUUAUUUUCACUCUUUUUGUAUCUUCAUCAAAUUUUAACGAAAUCUUUAUUACAACAUGAAUUCGCAAUCUGUAUCCAAUAUUUUUAAAAUCUUGAGAGCCGUUGAAAUCUUAAUUGUUUUCAUCUGCUUUAUUUUAGAAAUUGUCGAAUAUGCAGCAUUUCAAAUAUUCUACAUAGAUCAAGGUUUUAACGGAUCGGCUUAUUUCAAUGCCGACAUAAACAAAUCCAUGAAAGAUGAUAAUGUCGUAUAUUAUAAUGGGACAAAAAUAUUUUUUUAUAUUGUUCUAAUAAUAACUUUAGCAGAUAGUGGAUUUUAUUUAUCAAGAUUUUGUCGUUUUUAUAUGGGUCCAUAUAAACGAGAUAUUUCUAUUAAUGCAUUUUUCAUGACAUUAUGGUUAACAUCCGGUAUAGCAAACAUUUAUCCAUCAUUUAAAGGAUAUGGAUAUACUUGCGAUAAUUUACCUGUAAUAGGGGAAGAUACAAAUUUAACCGACGCUGUCGCCCGCGAGUGUAAAGCUAAAGUGAUGCUUAUAUCACUUGGCUGGAUUAAUGGGUUUCUUUUCCUUGCAACAACCUUAAUAGCAUUGAAAUUAUGGAAAGAAAGACAAGAAAGAUAUGAAGGUGAAAGAAGAGUUGAAGCUUUAGGAGAAGUGAUUUACAAAUAUAAACCACGUCCUAAUACGAUAGUUCAAAUUGAUGAACCUGAACAAGUUAUGAUUUAUAAAACUUAUAGUAAAAAGGAAAUGAAGAGAGGAACACCAAUUUAUAUCAUAAAAACUUCUCAAAAUCCCAUCUAAAAAAAAGGAAUUACUUGAAAGUUUUUUUUUUAUACAUUUUUAUAAAAAUAACUUUCGCCUGAGAUGUUUUUUAAUGAUACCCCCCCUUUAAUCCACGAUUUCACGAUUUAAUAAUAUAAAUACCAUUUUUCCCCACUUGUAUCUAUACAGUACAGUAAUAGUAUUAGCAUAUAACUGUAAUUUUUAAUUGUAAAUUAUUCAUUUUUUUUUUCCUUUUUUUUGGCAUUUAUCCCAUGCAUCCCAUUCAUUCACAUUUACUCAUAUUUUCAUUUCAUGGUCAGACUGGCAGGAACAGAUUUGAAUUUGUGCGGCUUUUUUUUUCUCAAUAUUGAUUUCUUUUAUAUGUCAUAUUAUAUAAUUGUUAUAUUAUAAAUAAUAAAUUGCGGUUUGAUUUUUUAAUGAUUUUAUAAAAAAGUAUAUGUAUUUCCUAUUACAUGGAUUUAAACUUU